AUGCUGCUCAGAAGCUCAUCAACCCCAGCCAUUGAAACACUCCUCUCAUCCGUCUCAGACAGUCCCAAUAGUGCUCAUCAUCACCAUUUCAACUUGACAUCUUUUUCAUGCAACUCUUCUUCUCCAAACUCUCAUUCUGCUUCUGGGUUCAUAGAGUUCAAUCCAGAAUCCAAGAGUUUAGGCCUCAAAGCAAUUCGGCGAGCUUGGUCUGAUGGAAACUUGGAAGGGCUAGUUGAUAGUUCUUGUGACAUGGAAGAUUUUCGAAAUUCGGUUGCACCAAGAACGUCUUCUUCCUAUCAAGAUAACAAUUCAAUGCUGGAAACAGCUCCGUCUUUUUCGAUAUUUCACUCAGGCAUGCUUGACUUUCAAGGUUCAGAUCAAGAACCACUGGAGAGGACCAUUACAAUAGGAGAGAACAUAGAAUCGAUGAUGGGAGGUGGGGACUUCUGUUUUGGGAAGAAGAGUAUGGGAUUGAUUGAGGAGAAGGGUGAAGAGGAAGAAGAAGGUUUGGAUGGGAUCCAGAGUUUUCGUGUUGAAGAACAAGUACGUCCUGCAAGUCCUUCCAUGUAUCUUGCAGCGGGGCUUGGGGUUCAGGCUGCUGGUUUUGGUUGGGAUGCUUGGGAUGAUGAAUUAUCUAUGGCAAAUAUCGAUGAGAGCGGCAAUGGAGAGGAGUAUUAUAAGAGGAUGGUUGAUGAAUAUCCCUGCCACCCUUUGUUCCUUAGGAAUUAUGCUCAAGCUUUACAAUCCAAGGGAGAUUUCCAUGGAGCUGAAGAUUACUAUUUGCGUGCUACACUAGCGAAUCCUCAAGAUGGUGAGUCUUUACUUGAGUAUGCUAAGCUGGUUUGGCAGCUCCAUCAUGACCAAGAUAGAGCCUUGAGUUACUUUGAACGUGCAACUCAAGCUGCUCCUGAAGACAGCCGUGUUCUUGGGGCAUAUGCUAGUUUUCUAUGGGAAAUAGAGGAUGACCGGGAAGAAGGUGACAAGGGAGAUAGUAUGAAUGAACUUGAAAACACCAAUUCCAAAGAAGAAACUAAGAAAGUUAGUCCAUCUUCGCACAUUGCAGCAGAAAAUGGGAUUGACAUGCUCGAUACUGCCGAAGCUGGCUCCAGAAGAGGUUACAAUGCUGAGGAGAAUUACAAGAUGAUGAUUGAAGAGAAUCCCAACAAUGCUUUGUUGCUAAGAAAUUAUGCUCAGUUCUUGUGUCAGUCCAAGGGAGACCUUCAAGGAGCAGAACAAUACUAUUUGCGGGCCAUGCAAGCUGAUCCUGGGGACAGUGAGAUCAUGGCGCAAUAUGCUAAACUGGUUUGGGAACUUCAUCAUGACAGUGAGAAGGCAUUGUCUUACUUUGAGAGAGCCGUUCAAGCAAAUCCUGAGGACAGCUAUGUUCUUGCGGCAUAUGCUCAUUUCCUCUGGGAAGCUGAAGAAGAGGAAGAUACGGUAAUGCAAGGCCACAUUCAAGUGCCUCUCGUACAAGGAGGAACCAUGACCGCUGUGAAUGCCUGA